GUGUAAGCUGGGCAACAUGCCCGCGCCCCUGGGACAAAGGUUCAGUGGAAACAAUGGCGAUGGACUGAGAGGAAAGGGUGUAGUGGAGAGAGGAAAUGUAUCAUUUGUGUGCUAAAAUCAGUCUUUGGUCCUGUAGCUAUCCGGAAACACACACACACAGUUCACUACGCAGUGAGAGGGCUAGUACAGGAAGGAAACGAGGAGAGAGACACAGAGAAAGAGACCGAGAGAGAGAGACAUGGAAGGGAAACCAGCAGAUUAGGGUCACUGGGGUUUUCCACUGUGUAGGAUUAGAAAAGCCAUGAGAAGUAGUUAAGGCAGACCGAGAAGGGGGAAACACAUGUGGAGUCACAGACAGCCCGGCAGCAGAAGGAGAGUCGAGCUCGUCAGAACAGGACAAAGGGUGGAGGACUGUCAUCGAAUGGGCGACAACUGCGAAUAUGAAUUGCUCAAGUGAGGAUAAGUACACGAAAAAAGAUGGGAUAUGCUGUGAUCGCUGUGCUGCAGGUCAGUACAUGCUGGCGGAGUGUGACGACACACACACAACCAAGUGUGGUCCAUGUGGACCUGGUAGGUACACAGCCACCAAAAAUCACUUGCCGAAGUGUUACGUCUGCAAGGACUGCAGUUCCAUUAACAACCAGAGGAAAGUAAAGGACUGUACAGAGCAGGAGAACACGGUGUGUCGGUGUAUGCCGGGUUUCUACUGCGUCAACGACCCCUGUGACCACUGCUGGGAAGUGACCCUCUGCCUUCUGGGAGAAGGGGUCAAGGUUCAAGCCGCUCACACGAAUGACACGCUCUGCGCUCCGUGUCAAGACGGAACCUACAGCAACGUGACAGAUUUCCACUCGGCCUGUCAAGCACACACCAGAUGUGAGGACUUCGGAAGAGUGUUGAAAACUCCAGGAACCCCAAAAGCUGACGCCAUCUGUGGCAACUUCAAAUCUCAUUGUCCCUGGAUAUUACCCACAGGCCUGUGGUCCGGACUCUUGUUGACGGCACUCAUCCUGUUCGGUCUCAUUUGCUGGAGGGCCAAACGCAAGUCAUACAAAGCAGAAAAAAAAGAAACGAGGACAUUUUUACAAAACCCUUUCACGUCUACAGGAGCCGACUCCUGUGUCGCCAUUUCUCUGGUUGAAAUGGCGGCGGCAGCACCGAGCCCUCAGCCGGAGACGUCUUCACCCAUCACAGAGGGUCACCACCGGGACAGCUGCCCCCUGGAGGGCUGCACACCACCACUGUUUAUCCCAGAUGACAGUGUGGUCAGUUGCGACACACAUGAACACGUGGAUGGCAGCCACCCCCAAACUCCACUGAGGGCUUCAGUUUCAUUCACUGACUCCCACCACAUCAAUGGGAACGCUGGAUAUCGCCCCGGACACUUCUUGAGGACCUACUCAGAGCCACAGGAGGACGAGUGGUGUGGGACAUGAUCAAGUAAAUAUUCUUGAAACAGCAGAGUGAGCUCAGAGUCCUCUUCUGGCUUGGAGAAGCUCCAAACUGGACGAGUUUAUACCAAAAUAAAACAAGAUUUCUCUCUUUAUGAAGAGUUUAGGGGGGGCUGACGGUUUGCUGCCCCCUGCAGGACUGUAACAAGAAGUUCAUCUAAAGUAAUGAGAUAUUUCUGUGACGCAUGUACAAUAAACAAAACCUGUUAUUUUAGAAUCAGUCUCUCUGAUGAGAACUCGUGUUAGUGGCUUGUAGCUCCAGCUCAGACGUGCCUCAAUUAAAGUGAGUCUGGUAUAUUCUAUAUUUGUAUUAUUCUAGUCAUAUCCCAUGAAAAAGCCCAAACCAACAAUUAAUGCAUCCUUAACGAGUUGAAGGGUGACGUGUUACUUCAUCACCAUGACGAUUAGCACUGCAGCUGAAGUUGAACCUAUCCCCCUGCAAACGCUUUAUUUACUCCCAUUAGUAACUAUUGAUAAAAACUAGUGUCCAGCCACUUCAAAUAAUUACUGAACCCUUUUUUAGGUUGAACUAAAUAUUUGUGAGCAAGUCUCAAGUGCUCUGUUUUAUUCUUUAAAUGACAUCUUACGACACACACACAGGAUUGGGGCUGAGUGCCAGAGGCUGCUGAGAGACCGAUCCACCGAAAGUCUUUUCAUGGGAUUCGUUUAACUAUUUCCUGGCUUAACCUUUACUGUAAAUGAUGUAUUUUGAAACGAUAACUUAAAGGAUAUCUAAUUAAACUUAUAUUGUUAAGGA